AUGGUCGUUCAAAUUAUUCAAAUUACUCAAGUUCAAUCAUUCGAGCGUCUUUCAUUCACUCAUGUUAUAGUACAUGUCAUUUCAAGAUUACAAAACAAAGCUACAAAGGACCUAUUGAAACUUAGCGGCAUUAAUUAUAAAUGGCAUGAGUUUUUCAAUAACACCAACAUACUUGCAGUUGUUUUGCUAUGGUUACCUGUUGUGCUGAUAUACUUCAUAGAUUUGCAAAUAUGGUAUUCGAUUAUCUCUGCCGUUGUUGGUGGUACGAUUGUUCAAUCUGAUGCUAGAGGAGAAGCUACUAAGUCAGUAGGCAAUGUUGCUGAGGAAGCUUCGCGAUGCCAUCCAUCGGUUGAAAUUACGAUACGGACUUGGGAGGAAGAUAUCCUUAGUGAUCGAGAACUAGAACUCUUGGAACUGCCACCAAAUUGCUGGAAAAUUAGGGUAAUUCGAUGGCCGUGUUUCCUUCUAUGCAAUGAGAUACUACUUGCUCUCACUCAGGCAAAAGAGCUGGAAAAUGAAGAAAUAGACUACUACAUUCAGGAGGGUAGGUUAACAGAAAAGUUCAAGCUAUCGCAUCGCGAGCUUGUUGGUGUGACUGAUAUAGAUAGGUGGACUCUUCAUCUAGCUAGAAGGCCUGUUAAAGAGUUUGUGCUGGAAAUCUGGAAAGGGCAACGUUAUAAGAUACCUUCGUGUUUAUUUUCUUGUCAAGGUUUACAUCAUCUAGAAUUAUUUAACCGUUGGAUUAAACCUCCAUCAUCUUCUGCUGAGAAAACACAGGAUAAUUCAAAUGUUGCUUCAACACAAGUCCUACUGGCCACUUGGAACUCAACCUGUAAAAUCGCAUCAAAACAAUCCACAAUCAGAACCAAAACUAACAAGCCAAUGACAUAA